AUGUCGCAGACCAACUGCACAGAGGUAGUGAGAGAGGCCAUCCAGGCCAACAAGGACCACCAACACGCCUUGAAAGUAUACACCGAAAGACUUGGGGCAGAGCUUCAAAUUGUCGACAAACUCCUGGAAACUGCUGAUGCUAAUCUGGAUGACGAGCCAGACAUCGAUGUCGGCGGCUCCGUCCUCAUUCCAGGUUCUGUUAAGGCAUCUGGACUCUUGGCUCCGAGUGAAUUGCUUUCAGAGGACUCUCCGUUCUACGAAGAAGCUGCACAACGCAGUCGAUAUCUAAGCUUGACAGAGGUUCAUUCCAUGACCAAAAAGGACCUCGAGACUCUGAGAGAAGCUGUGAAGACCGAAAACUACCGUAUGCACGCUCUGGAUGCUCAACGAAAAGGCAAUCCUGUGUUUACAAGUUUGAGUGAUCAACCAUCAAACUAUCUCGAGUUGAAUAAGGAGGGCCUUGAUUGGGAUCGCAUUGCAGAGAAGGUCUCUUCAUCAUCCAUGUAUAUGCGUACACCAAGAGAGUGUGAGAUACGCUGGCUAGGUGAUCAGCAUCCAUGUUUCAAUCAUAGCCCUUGGACACAGGACGAAGUCACCAAACUCAAAGGGCUCGUCGCAGAAUACGGGAAUGAGCAAGUGGACUGGGAGGCCGUGGUAGAUAAACUCGGGACCCAUCGAACGCCGCUGGACUGCAUGAUACACGGCGCAACACGAAAAGUUCAUAUGUGGACACCAGAUUCUGACGAGCGUUUGUUGAAAGCUGUUGCCACUUUCGGUCACGACAACUGGUCUGUAGUGGCUUGUCGAGUCUCAGAAGAUGCUACCCCUAGUCAGUGCCAGAACCGCUAUCAACGCACUCUCGACCCCGCUCUGAAGCACAAAGCAUGGUCUGAUGAAGAGGACUCGCGCCUACGUCUCGCAGUCCAAGCGUACGGUACUUCCUGGGUGAAUGUCGCAUCCGCCAUCCCAGGCCGUCAUAAUGAUCAGUGUCGUGAUCGUUGGAACGAUAUCCUUAGCCCUGCGGUAACCAAAGGGAAGUGGACCGAAGAAGAAGACCAAGAUCUUUUGGUCACAGUACAGCAACUGGGGACUUCGAGCUGGAAGGAGGUCAGCAAUCGACUGGGCAGUGGGCGCACCGAUAGCAUGUGUCGAAACAGGUAUAAUAAUCUCCAACGGUCAAAGACCUCGAAGCCAACCAAAUCGCAAUCUCAAACAGCAACCUUUAGCGUCAUUCCUCAACCCUCAAUGGACAUGGUUGCAGAGUCAUCUCGAGCAGCAUCUCGAAAGAGAAAAGCAUCUACUCCUGCCGAUGAGUCCAUUGACGUGAAUGAAUUCGCGCCCAUCGAGAAGUCAAGCUCUGUGCCCAGAGUUCCAGGUAUACAUGUAACCACGAGGACGGCUGAUUCGGCUAUAAUGUUUCUUGAUCCGGUCAUCAACGUCAACCCUGAAACUCACAAGAAACGCACUCGAGAAGUUCUAGGGAUGGCCAAGAGCAAGAGUCAUGAGCAGGCGAAAGCGAAAGCGAAGUCAAAGUCAACGAAUCCUGAUGCUAGCACUACCCCCGAGGGCACUGGCGACCCAUCAACGUCUACCAAAAAAGUGGGAAGAAAGAAAAAGGUUUAUGUAGAACCUGUAUCCGAAGAAAUGCCAGCCAAGAAGGCUCCUCGUCCUAGAGCCCGACCUGUUCGCAGAAAAAAGAAUGCCGCACCUGGCACCAUGGUUUUGGAUUUAGGGCCUCCCUCUGUUUCAUGUACGUACUCGUGUUAUCAUGCUGUUUCUAGAUCUUGA